AUUGCCGACUGUUUAUAUAUAACCCUGCAAAUCAGGCAUUCCAGCGGAGCACGGUGAUAGGCGAGUCCCGUGUCGCAGGAGUUUGGCAAUACUCGGCGAUGCUCUCACGCUACCAGCUUUAGAAACUACUUCAAACACCGAAGCUCUCGGACCACCGUCCUCUGACGAUGGCGUCCGGACAGGAGUCUGCCGGGAUGACGCUUAUGGAUCUCAUCUCCUCCGAUCCUUCGGCGGCGGCCGCCAGUUCCUCCUCCACAGCGGCUCCCUCCACGCUCGGCAAGCCGGUGAUCGCGGAAAAGAAGUCGAAAAGGGCCACCUUGAUGCAGAUCCAGAGCGACACCAUCUCCGCGGCCAAGGCUCUCAACCCGAUUAAGAGCUAUCCACAAAAACAGAAGAAGAAGCCGGUGUCGUAUGCUCAGUUGGUGCGGAGCAUUCAUGAACUCGCUGCCACAUCUGAUCAGAAAAGUUCCCAAAGGCAGUUAGUGCAUCACGUGUUUCCCAAACUCGCAGUAUAUAAUUCAGUGGAUCCUUCUGUAGCUCCAUCUCUUCUCAUGCUUCAUCAACAAUGUGAGGAUAGGACUGUUCUGCGCUAUAUUUACUAUUACUUGGCCAGAAUUUUGUCAGAUAGUGGUGCCCAAGGUUUAAGUCCAGGUGGUGGGAUUCCCACACCAAACUGGGAUGCACUUGCUGAUAUUGAUGCUGUUGGAGGGGUCACAAGAGCUGAUGUUAUACCUCGAAUUGUAGAGCAGCUUACUGCAGAAGCAUUGAAUGCUGACAUUGAAGUUCAUGCUCGAAGGCUUGCAGCUCUGAAAGCCCUUACUGCUGCUUCAGCAAGCAAUUCUGGGAUCUUGGGCAAGUUGUAUGAAAUUGUAUUUGGCAUUCUAGAGAAGGUUGCAGAUACAAAAGGGAAGCAGAGGAAGGGCAUUUUUAGCAAAGGUGGUGACAAGGAGUCUAUCAUUCGGAAUAAUUUGCAAUAUGCUGCUUUAAGUGCUCUAAGAAGACUUCCUCUAGAUCCUGGAAAUCCAGCAUUCCUCCAUCGAGCUGUACAGGGGGUUUCAUUUGCUGAUCCGGUUGCUGUGAGGCAUGCCCUGGCAGUUCUCUCAGAUUUAGCUGCAAGAGAUCCCUAUUCUGUUGCUAUGGCUUUAGGAAAGUAUGCACUACCUGGAGGUGCUUUGCAGGAUGUUCUUCAUUUGCAUGAUGUACUUGCUAGAGUUUCCCUUGCUAGACUGUGUCAUACAUUAUCUAGAGCCCCUGCAUUGACCGAGAGGCCAGACAUUACAUCUCAAUACAGUUCUCUCCUUUAUCAGCUUCUUUUGGAUCCCAGUGACAGAGUUUGUUUUGAGGCAAUACUGUGUGUUUUGGGAAAAUUCGACAACACAGAAAGGACUGAAGAGCGAGCUGCCGGAUGGAUUCGAUUAACCAGAGAAAUUCUCAAGUUGCCUGAGGCUCCUUCGGUAUCAUCAAAGGGUAGUCAAUCGAAAGAUGCCCUUCCACCAAAACCAAGUAGCGAGAAACCUGCUUCUAAAGCGAGGCGUCCUCAACCUCUUAUCAAACUUGUUAUGAGAAGAUUGGAGAGCUCUUUCCGUAGUUUCUCUCGCCCUGUGCUUCAUGCAGCGGCAAGAGUUGUUCAGGAAAUGGGAAAAAGCAGGGCAGCAGCAUAUGCAUUAGGUGUCCGUGACAUUGAUGAAGGAUCCCAGCUUCAUGCAUAUGCUGAAAAUAUUGAAUCCCUUGAUUCAGAUCCCCAUGAUGGUUCACAAUCUGAAGCUAUUCGUAAGGCAUCACCACUGUCAAAUGGGGCAGGUCGUAUGGAUACAAUUGCAGGUUUAUUAGCUUCACUAAUGGAGGUAGUGCGCACGACUGUAGCAUGUGAAUGUGUCUAUGUUCGAGGAAUGGUAAUAAAAGCUUUGAUCUGGAUGCAAAAUCCACAUGAGUCAUUUGAAGAAUUAAAAUCUAUCAUUGCGUGUGAGCUGUCUGAUCCUGCUUGGCCUUCAGCACUAUUGAAUGAUAUCUUACUUACUUUGCAUGCUAGGUUCAAGGCAACUCCCGAUAUGGCAGUCACACUACUUGAAAUUGCAAGAAUAUUUGCCACUAAAGUCCCUGGAAAGAUUGACGCUGAUGUGUUGCAACUGCUAUGGAAAACGUGCCUCGUUGGAGCUGGGCCAGAUGGGAAGCAUACAGCCUUGGAAGCAGUCACAAUAGUUCUCGAUUUACCACCUCCCCAGCCUGAGUCAACAUCAGGACUUACAUCUGUUGAUAGCGUAUCUGCAGCUGAUCCAAAGUCAGCUCUGGCAUUGCAAAGAUUAGUGCAGGCUGCAGUUUGGUUUCUCGGUGAAAAUGCAAACUAUGCUGCAUCUGAAUAUGCUUGGGAAUCUGCAACACCUCCUGGCACUGCACUAAUGAUGUUGGAUGCUGACAAAAUGGUGGCUGCUGCCAGUUCGCGAAAUCCUACUCUUGCUGGUGCAUUGACACGGCUUCAAAGGUGCGCUUUCAGUGGGAGCUGGGAGGUUCGAAUAGUUGCUGUUCAAGCCCUAAUUACUAUGGCAGUCAGAUCAGGGGAGCCUUACAGGCUGCAGAUAUAUGAAUUUUUACAUGCUUUAGCUCUAGGGGGUGUGCAAUCUCAGUUCUCAGAAAUGCAACUUAGUAAUGGGGAAGAUCAAGGUGCCAGUGGUACGGGUCUUGGAUCUUUAAUUAGUCCAAUGCUUAAGGUUCUUGAUGAAAUGUAUAGAGCACAAGAUGAUCUUAUUAGAGAUAUGCGCAAUCAUGAUAACAAUAAGCAAGAAUGGACAGAUGAAGAACUCAAGAAACUAUAUGAGACUCAUGAGAAACUCCUUGAUUUAGUUUCAUUGUUCUGUUAUGUUCCAAGAGUGAAAUACUUGCCUUUAGGACCAACCAGUGCUAAGCUCAUUGAGAUCUACCGUAGCCGGCAUAACAUCAGUGCAUCAGCUGGUCUGAAUGAUCCUGCUGUUGCUACAGGGAUAUCUGACCUUGUAUAUGAAUCUAAAGAAACACCUAAAGAGGCUGAGACCAUUGAUCCGGAUUUGGCAAUGGCCUGGGUUACAGGUUUAGAAGAUAGCGAAUGGGGAAGCAAUGUACCAGCGAUGGAAAAGGUGAAUGAAUUUCUUACUGGUGCUGGCACUGAUGCUCCUGAUGUGGAGGAGGAGAACAUAACCUCCCGGCCAUCUGUCACUUAUGAAGAUAUGUGGGCUAAGACAAUUCUAGAAACAUAUGAAGCAGAGGAAGAUGAUGCAAGGUCAUCCGGGACAUCCUCUCCUGAGUCAACUGGUUCUGUUGAGAGUUCCAUAUCUUCCCAUUUUGGUGGCAUGAGCUAUCCUUCCUUGUUCAGUUCACGUCCAUCAGGCUAUGGGGUUUCACAGCAAUUGGAGCAAAGGUCAGCAGCCACUUCAAGUAGACUCGGCAACACUUCCUUUGGUGGUCCAUCAUCAACUUCUGAGGGUCUAGGAUCUCCGAUCAGGGAAGAACCACCAUCAUAUUCAACAUCUGUUCUGCAGAGAUUUGAAUCCUUUGAGAACCCUUUAGCUGGGCAUGAGGCUCAGACUUUUGGCUCUCAGGAUGAUGCAGAUGGUUCUGAGAAUCCACAGUUUGGGAAAGCACUGUAUGACUUCACUGCUGGUGGUGAUGAUGAGUUAAGCUUGAUUGCUGGCGAAGAGGUUGAGAUUGAUUAUGAGGUUGAUGGUUGGUACCAUGUGAGGAAAAAGCGGCCUGGGAGAGAUGGGAAAAUGGCUGGACUUGUUCCAGUUCUCUAUGUCAGUUCAUCUUGAUGUCUAUUAGCCUCUCUGCUGAAGCUGGUACCCUUCUUCUAAGAUAAAUUUGGAAUCAGAAAUCCCGCACCAUGGUUCUCUCAGUCUGGCAUGUGCCCUGCUUUGCCUUUUCUUGGGUCUUAUCGGUCAAUCCAUUGUAACACGUCAAAGAGUAGAUGAUAGCUGCACUUUUGUUCCUGUCACACGUGAGUUCCAUAUGAUGCUUAUUGCGGCACACUUGUAAAUGAGUUUUUAAAAUUUUUUUAUUUUUUUAUUUUUAAUGAUGCCUUUUUUUUUUUUUAACCCUUGGUGCCCCCAUCCCAAUGGUUUUUUGCUGUAUUAGUUAUACCGCUCAAGAGGGGUGCUGUUCGAAAACUAUGAUCGUUGUGGACUGGCUUUUUUAUCUAAUUUGGGUUUGACAAAGGGCUAUGUAGAACUCACUCACGUUGCAGAUUAAUCCUUCUUGUAACCAGCACAAAUCAAAUGACUUUUGAACUACUUUUCUGGUGCUCUCGUUUAUAAAUUUUUUGUUUGGAA